AUGGAAGACUCGAAUGCCUCGAGAUUAUUGGGUUCCCUCAUUCUCAUCAGUCUACUUGCACCCACCGCUUGUACGCAAAAUAAAAAUUCUCCACAUUUUGGGCACGCACUUGGAUGCCCGUCUCGCGUGGAAGAGCUAUCUGAGAAGCAAGAAGGCAUUGAAUACAGAACAGGUCAAGUUGAUGAAAUCACACACAGAUAGAAUGAUUCUGAGGCUGAGUGUGCAGGUCGAAAGAAGUGUCGGACCAGGAGAAGGGAAUAUGUACUAAAGUCAGAGAUUGGUCAAUCUUAUCCGUAUGCCACCCAAGCUUUGACUGCGGCGCCGAAACUAAUCUGCGCGAUGUUAAUCUUGAAGUUGGUACAGUCCAACUACUUGCAGUUACUUGCCCUGUCGGCUGUAGCAAGUCUCUUGUUACAAGCAACCCUUGAGGAAAUCGAACUUCAGACUCGAAGAAUGAAUGCUGGAGGCAUAACUAUAGGAUGCUCCAGUCAGAUUCUGUGGUUGGUGUAUGUUUCCAUUCGAGAAAUUCUUGAUAGUUGUGCUCUCACCGACUUAUUUAGUGCGCGAAAAACCGUUGGAAGUAGUGGAGCUAAAAUCAGUGAUUGUGAACGCCAGCGACAGGUAAAUCACUCAAUGGCACGAAUGGAACAAGAGCUGACUUGAAUUUAUGUCUUAGCACGUGCAAUCGCAACCCGAUGUCUUACCAUCUGGACUCCGUGUUAUCUCAAAAGAUGCGUUCACACAUGGAGAACCGUUCCCGAUGCACUAG